GUGGACGAGCUCCAGAUCAUCGACGGGUACCCGUCGCGGCCCGGGUGCUACUUCCGCCAGCCCUCCAGAUGCCCCGCCAGGCCGAUGCAGACGACAAUGUGGAGGCACGACACGUGGGCCGAGGAACAUGAGGUCGACGAGGCGGGGUGCAAGAGCCGUAAGGGCUACUGGGACAGAUACUGCGAUGCCGAAGACACGAAGGUGGUGCACAUCAAGGGUUUGCUCGACGACGAGCCCGGCCCAGAGGGGUCCGGCACCCGCUCCGACAACGACGUCGCCAAUGGGACCCCAUCGGAGGCCGGCGGCGCGGGUGCCGCGGCGGGGGGCGCGGAGCCGCCCGCAUCGGACGCGCCGCGCGUGGAGGCGGCCUCCGAGCAGGUGGACGAGCUCCAGAUCAUCAACGGGUACCCGUCGCGGCCCGGGUGCUACUUCCGCCAGCCCUCCAGAUGCCCCGCCAGGCCGAUGCAGACGACAAUGUGGAGGCACGACACGUGGGCCGAGGAGCAUGAGGUCGACGAGGCGGGGUGCAAGAGCCGUAAGGGCUACUGGGACAGAUACUGCGAUGCCGAAGACACGAAGGUGGUGCACAUCAAGGGUGAGCUCGACGACGAGCCCGGCCCAGAGGGGUCCGGCACCCGCUCCGACAACGCCGCCGCCAAUGGGACCCCAUCGGAGGCCGGCGGCGCGGGUGCCGCGGCGGGGGGCGCGGAGCCGCCCGCAUCGGACGCGCCGCGCGUGGAGGCGGCCUCCGAACAGGUGGACGAGCUCCAGAUCAUCAACGGGUACCCGUCGCGGCCCGGGUGCUACUUCCGCCAGCCCUCCAGAUGCCCCGCCAGGCCGAUGCAGACGACAAUGUGGAGGCACGACACAUGGGCCGAGGAGCAUGAGGUCGACGAGGCGGGGUGCAAGAGCCGUAAGGGCUACUGGGACAGAUACUGCGAUGCCGAAGACACGAAGGUGGUGCACAUCAAGGGUGAGCUCGACGACGAGCCCGGCCCAGAGGGGUCCGGCACCCGCUCCGACAACGCCGCCGCCAAUGGGACCCCAUCGGAGGCCGGCGGCGCGGGUGCCGCGGCGGGGGGCGCGGAGCCGCCCGCAUCGGACGCGCCGCGCGUGGAGGCGGCCUCCGAGCAGGUGGACGAGUUCCAGAUCAUCAACGGGUACCCGUCGCGGCCCGGGUGCUACUUCCGCCAGCCCUCCAGAUGCCCCGCCAGGCCGAUGCAGACGACAAUGUGGAGGCACGACACAUGGGCCGAGGAGCAUGAGGUCGACGAGGCGGGGUGCAAGAGCCGUAAGGGCUACUGGGACACAUACUGCGAUGCCGAAGACACGAAGGUGGUGCACAUCAAGGGUGAGCUCGACGACGAGCCCGGCCCAGAGGGGUCCGGCACCCGCUCCGACAACGCCGCCGCCAAUGGGACCCCAUCGGAGGCCGGCGGCGCGGGUGCCGCGGCGGGGGGCGCGGAGCCGCCCGCAUCGGACGCGCCGCGCGUGGAGGCGGCCUCCGAGCAGGUGGACGAGCUCCAGAUCAUCGACGGGUACCCGUCGCGGCCCGGGUGCUACUUCCGCCAGCCCUCCAGAUGCCCCGCCAGGCCGAUGCAGACGUCAAUGUGGAGACACGACACGUGGGCCGAGGAGCAUGAGGUCGACGAGGCGGGGUGCAAGAACCGUAAGGGCUACUGGGACAGAUACUGCGAUGCCGAAGACACGAAGGUGGUGCACAUCAAGGGUUCGCUCGACGACGAGCCCGGCCCAGAGGGGUCCGGCACCCGCUCCGACAACGACGUCGCCAAUGGGACCCCAUCGGAGGCCGGCGGCGCGGGCGCCGCGGCGGGGGGCGCGGCGCCGCCCGCAUCGGACGCGCCGCGCGUGGAGGCGGCCUCCGAGCAGGCGACGGAGCAGACUGCGGCCGUCGCCGAGGCGGGCGAGGAGGUGCAGAGCUCUGGCGUGACAGCGAAUGUGACAGAGGAGCCGGCUGCCGCCGCCGCGGCGCAGCUCAGCGACGACGAGCACAACGCGACUGGACCCGCAGAUGAGGCCCAAACCUCAGCCGCGGAGGCGAGCGUGACAGAGGAGCCGGCUGCCGCUGUCGAGGCGCAGCUCAGUGACGACAAGCGCAACGCCACGGAGGCGAGCGUGACAGAGGAGCCGGCUGCCGCUGUCGAGGCGCAGCCCGGUGACGACGAGCGCAACGCCACGGAGGCGAGCGUGACAGAGGAGCCGGCUGCCGCUGUCGAGGCGCAGCCCGGUGACGACGAGCGCAACGCCCCCGGUGACGACGAGCGCAACGCCGCGGAGGCGAGCGUGACAGAGCAGCCGGCUGCCGCUGUCGAGGCGCAGCUCAGUGACGACAAGCGCAACGCCACGGAGGCGAGCGUGACAGAGGAGCCUGCUGCCGCUGUCGAGGCGCAGCUCAGUGACGACAAGCGCAACGCCACGGAGGCGAGCGUGACAGAGGAGCCGGCUGCCGCUGUCGAGGCGCAGCUCAGUGACGACAAGCGCAACGCCACGGAGGCGAGCGUGACAGAGGAGCCGGCUGCCGCUGUCGAGGCGCAGCCCGGUGACGACGAGCGCAACGCCGCGGAGGCGAAUGUGACAGAGGAGCCUGCUGCCGCUGUCGAGGCGCAGCUCGGUGACGACGAGCGCAACGCCGCGGAGGCGAGCGUGACAGAGGAGCCGGCUGCCGCUGUCGAGGCGCAGCCCAGUGACGACGAGCGCAACGCCGCGGAGGCGAGCGUGACAGAGGAGCCUGCUGCCGCUGUCGAGGCGCAGCUCGGUGACGACGAGCGCAACGCCGCGGAGGCGAGCGUGACAGAGGAGCCGGCAGCCGCUGUCGAGGCGCAGCUCAGUGACGACGAGCGCAACGCCGCGGAGGCGAGCGUGACAGAGGAGCCUGCUGCCGCUGUCGAGGCUCAGCUCAGUGACGACGAGCAGAAGGCCGCGGCUCCCGGUGACAAAACUGAUCAGAAAAGUGGCUCCGCAGUGAGAGGACGUUGGACCGUCAUUCGGGACAGAAUCAGGCAGAGUCAGGCAGGCAUUCGAGACAGAGUUCGUGGCGUUUUCGGCAGAGGCACUUCCACUGUGGACAAGGAGGCUGAGAUGGAGGCACGUAUUCGUGAGCACAUCAUGCGCGACCUGGGCAUGGAGAAAGUGCAGAGGACUUCGGCUGCUCCCACAGUCGAGGCAGCGCCGGCCGUGUACACUGUGGACAAGGAGGCUGAGGUGGAGGCACGCAUUCGUGAGCACAUCAUGCGCGACCUGGGCGUGGAGAAAGUGCAGACGACUUCGGCUGCCCCCCCAGUCGAGGCAGCGCCAGCCGCGUCCAUUGUGGACCAGAAGGCGCAGAUGGAGGCCCGCAUUCGGGAGAAAGUUCUGCGCGACCUGGCCGUGGCGCAAGCGCAGGCCACCACAGCUGCUCCCCCCGUCACGGCAGCGCCGGCCGCGUCCACCGUGGACUCCAAGGAGCACACUGAGGCCCUCCUUCGGGAGAAGAUCCUGCGCGACCUGGGCGUGGAGAAAGUGCAGACGACUUCGUCUGCCCCCCCCGUCGAGGCAGCGCCAGCAGCGUCCAUUGUGGACGAGGAGGCGCAGAUGGAGGCCCGCGUUCGGGAGAAAGUCAAGAAAGUUCUGCGCGACCUGGCCGUGGCGCAGGCGCAGGCGACCACAGCUGCUCCCCCCGUCACAGCAGCGCCGGCUGCGUCCACCGUGUACUCCAAGGAGCACAUUGAGGCCCUCCUUCGGGAGAAGAUCCUGCGCGACCUGGGCGUGGAGAAAGUGCAGACGACUUCGUCUGCCCCCCCCGUCGAGGCAGCGCCAGCCGCGUCCAUUGUGGACCAGAAGGCGCAGAUGGAGGCCCGCAUUCGGGAGAAAGUUCUGCGCGACCUGGCCGUGGCGCAGGCGCAGGCGACCACAGCUGCCCCCCCCGUCACGGCAGCGCCGGCCGCCGCCACCGUGGACUCCAAGGAGCACGUUGAGGCCCUCCUUCGGGAGAAGGUCCUGCGUGACCUCGGCGUGGCGAAGGUUGGCUCCGAGACGUCGCAGAAGCAGGACGCCCAGACGCGCGAGCUCCUCGAUCAGCAGCUGCAGCACCAGGCCCCGGCCACCGCCGCCCCUGCGGGCACCGAGACGCCCGCCGACGCGGCUGCGAGGCUCAAGGCCGAGGCGCUGGAGGAGCUGAAGAGAGAGAAGCACGAGGCAGAGCUGAAGGCCGCAACCAAGCUGAAGGACGCACUCAAGCAGCUGAAGGACGCAAUCAAGUAA